CGAGCCCUUGCGAGUAGCCGGGUGAGACUUGGUACAGCUGCUGACGAGUGGCUCUGGCGGUGGGGUCUGAGCGGAGCGCUGGGGCCUGGAGACCUAGUAAGUGCGCGGUGGCGGCGACGACUGGCAGCCCUCGCGGGCGUCAGCUUAACGAAAUCACGUCUGAUUUAUAAACGUGGUGAAAAUUGAGUGACAUUCUCCUCCACAAAUCAUGGCACUCCCCUUCCGAAAGGACUUGGAGAAGUACAAGGAUCUUGAUGAAGAUGAACUCCUUGGAAAACUUUCAGAGACUGAACUAAAACAGCUGGAAACUGUUCUUGAUGACCUUGACCCUGAGAAUGCACUUCUACCUGCAGGCUACCGGCAAAAAAAUCAGACUACUAAGAAUGCCACCGGACCUUUUGACAGAGAACAUCUGCUCUCGUACUUGGAGAAGGAAGCACUGGAACAUAAAGACAGGGAAGACUUUGUACCCUUCACUGGAGAGAAAAAAGGGAAAAUAUUUAUCCCUAAACAGAAACCCAUACAGUCUUAUACAGAAGAAAAAAUAUCCCUUGAUCCAGAAUUAGAAGAGGCUUUAACAAGUGCUUCUGAUACAGAAUUGUGUGACCUUGCAGCAAUCCUUGGAAUGCAUAAUUUGAUAACCAACACCCAACUGUGUGAUAUAGUAGGAAGUAACAGUGGUGUGGGCAAAGAUGAUUUUUCAAAUGUGGUAAAGGGUGAAAAAAUGCUACCAGUGUUUGAUGAGCCACCAAAUCCUACAAAUGUUGAGGAAAGCUUACGGAGAAUUAAGAAAAAUGAUUCUCGUCUUACUGAAGUAAAUUUGAAUAAUAUAAAGAAUAUUCCGAUUCCAACCCUCAAAGAAUUUGCAGAAGCUUUGGAAGACAACACCCAUGUGACAUGCUUCAGUCUCGCAGCCACCCGAAGCAAUGACCCUGUUGCUGUUGCAUUUGCAGACAUGCUGAAAGUGAAUAAAACAUUAAAGAGCUUAAAUUUGGAGUCCAAUUUUAUUACAGGAGCUGGUAUUCAAGCACUGAUUGAUGCCUUAAAAGAAAAUGAAACCCUGGCUGAAAUCAAGAUUGAUAACCAGAGGCAGCAGUUGGGGACAGCUGUUGAAUUGGAAAUGGCCAGGAUGCUUGAGGAAAACACAAAGAUUCUUAAAUUUGGAUAUCAGUUUACACAACAGGGACCACGAACCAGGGCAGCCAAUGCUAUAACGAAAAACAAUGACUUGGUUCGCAAGAGACGAGUUGAAGGAGACCACCAGUAAAUUUACCAACUUUGGAAGACUUCAAAAGGUCACCAAGGCCUUCAUGUUGAUUUCAGAUUUAAAAUUUGCCUAGGUAGAAGGGAAAAGACUGGAAACUUCAUUCCUUUUUUUAUAUAUAUACUGUAUAGAUCGUUUUUUUCCCCUGUGAGAUGUUAGCAGCAUCAAAUAAUGUAAAAUCAGUAGUAGAUGAUCUUUUUUAUGUUUCGGAACAUUUUUUCUGCUUUCUGCUCAAAUCAAUUUUAGUUCAGUUUAAAAGUACUUGCUUGUAAGGAAUCAUUGGGUAAAGAAGAAUCCAUUUGAUUCCCAGCUGAUUCCCUUUGAAACCCAAAGGAGAAAGUUGGGAAAGUCAUUAAGUGGAACAAUUAAUUAUUUCUAGAAUAAUUUUUUUAUUGAAAAGGGACACUGCAGACAUUUGCAGUUAUUACAGUUGCCGUGACUUUUUUUAGACACUUGGCACUUAAGCUUUCAUGUGAUUAAUCUUAAAAUGUGUCCAUUUUUAGAAUGUGUGCCUGCAAUAAACUGGUUCUCUCUUACAAGAGAGAAUGCCAGAAUUUAGAAACACAUUACUUAAAAUAUAGCCUUUUAAGAGCAAAAUCUUCUAGGGAAAAAAAAAUAUGUUUUUUAUACAUUCCAGAGUACGAGCUCUCUGAUCUGAAAUGUCUAAAAUAGUACACGUUCAAAUGUAUUUCAGACAAGGCUGUCAGCCUUUUCAUGUUACAUAACUAUUCAAAAACACAAGCAAAUUCAAGCUAAUGGUAGUUUUUCUUCCAGAUAGUGUGGUAGACAUACUUGCUGUAAAGACACUUCCCUCAGUGAAUGAAUUCUAGGAAUGUCUGCAUAGGAAAGCAUUUUGUAGAUUCUUCUAUAAAAACAUAUCCAACUUACUAACUUAUUUUUGGUUAUUUAGGAUAACAGAGGAAUUCCUCGUUAUUGAAUACCUCCAAAUUAUAGAUAAUAGGACCUAUUAAUGUUUCCAUGUAAUCUAAUGGCCAAAUGUUAGUAAAUUUGAAAUAGGCAUUUUUGCAAAUUAUUUUAGAUAUCAUACAGUGUGGUAGGAAAUGUCAAGCCAGCCAUAUAUAACUGUGCAAACAGUAUUUACUCAACACUGUAACUUUGCCAGUCAGUAAGAAAAAUUACUGUUCUUUUUGGUAAUUGUCUAGUUUUUAUAUUUAUUUUUCCUCUUCCUCUUUUAUAUUCAUACUGUGCAAAAAUAACUCUUCUCAUGAAAAAAAGUUUUCCACUUGCUAUAAAAGCACCCCAAGGAAGAGAGGAAGCCACUUGCUUAGAUGAUCUGAUUGAUUAGAGACCCAAGAAUCAAGACCCACACAAGAGAAUUUGCUUUUGAUUCACUUAUCUCUGAGAUGCCCUUGAAGCAAUGAAGUAGCCAAAUAUAUAAACAAAUGAAAAAAGUUUAGUAAGUAAGGAGUCUAGUUAACCUCUACUUCAUAAUUGAGGGUUAUAACAUUUUUAGAGGGAGUUUCUAAAGAAAAAAAUUGAGUUUUUAGUAUUUUGUCUUUUAAACUUUGUUGUUGCAUUAUAUCAUCUGCUCCUUGUAUUUGCUCUGGACUAUCUAAUAAGCCAAGAAUAAUCCUUUUAACUUAUGGACUAAGGCUUCUCUCAUCAUAAUUGUGAUGUUUUCCUUUGUCCAGGGUUUUAUAAAAUCUAGAACUGUGGAUAA